ACGAUCACGACCGUUGAUAAAAAUGUAUCGAUGAGUCGUCCAGCAGACAUAUAAGUACGCAAAAAGUAGUCCUAAAUUCUAAAUUGAACUAUAAAUUUAAAUGACGUUAUUUUAAUUAGCCGCCUUGAUCGAUACCUAAGAUAAGUCCCUUCAACUUGAGGUAGAGCUUGACUACAUUUUAAAAUGUUUAAAUUCAAAGAGCUAUGUUUACCUGCAAAUUUCGAUCAACAAACUUUUAUUAUUGCUGAAAUAGGGCAAAAUCACCAAGGGGACAUUAACACCGCAAAAAAAUUAAUAGAAGUCGCGAAGAAUUGUGGCGCAGACUGUGUGAAAUUCCAAAAAACCGAUCUAGAAGAAAAAUUUAAUGCGAGAGCAUUAGAGAGGCCAUAUGUGUCUCCAAAUUCUUUUGGUGAAACUUACGGAGAGCACAAAGCUUUUUUAGAAUUCAGCGAAACAGAAUUUAUUAUUCUACAAAAGUAUGCUAACGAGCUCGAUAUUAUUUUCGCAGCUUCCGCUAUGGAUGCACAUUCCUUAAAGUUUUUGGCCGAAAUUAAUGUGCCGUUUAUAAAAAUCGGUUCGGGCGAUGCUAAUAAUUAUUUGCUUAUAGAAAAAGCAGCAAAAACUGAUAUCCCGCUGAUCAUAUCCACAGGUAUGCAAACAAUAGAAGCAGUUAGAAAAAUUUAUAAAAUCGUGUCGAAAUAUCACAAAAACUUUGCUCUACUACAUUGUGUAUCUGCUUACCCAACACCUUACGAGGACAUAAAUUUACAGGUCAUCAAUUUAUUUAAAGAAGAAUUUCCAGAUGUAGCUAUUGGUUAUUCGGGGCAUGAGUUAGGCACACAUAUCACGGUCGCAGCUGUGGCCAUGGGUUGCAAGAUUGUUGAGAAACACAUAACUCUAAACAAGGGUCAAAAAGGAUCUGAUCACAAAUGUUCCUUGGAACCACAUGAAUUUAAAGAAAUGGUCGAGAAAAUCAGGACCCUUGAGGCGGCUAUGGGUAGGCCCAUAAAGGUCAUGCAAAAUUCUGAACUGCCGUGUUAUGAAAAACUGGGGAAAACGUUAGUGUACACUAGAGAUUUACCCAAAGGCCAUCAGUUACAUGCUAACGACUUAAACAUAAAAGUUGCUGAACCCAAAGGCAUAGAUGGAGCCAAAUUUGAUGACGUUAUAGGAAAGAUUUUAAUUACUGAAGUGGAAAAAGAUGAUUCUGUAUUAACACAACAUUUAAAUUAACAUUUUUAAAACAUAAAACUUGAAUAAGUA